UGCGCUCGCCGUCCUUUCCCCGGCGCGUCAACGAGAGCUUCUCGGUGCACAAAACGAGCGCGCGCAGCCGAGCGACUGAAAAAGACGGCAAAACGUCAAGAUGAGCCCGGCAGGUGAGGCGGCGUUGGGCGGCGACGGCGGCGCGUGUCCGGUCAACCGCCUGCGUUGGGACCCGAACGCCGAGCAGAUCCGCGAGAUGGCCGACCAGCUGAUGGCCGACACCAAGAAGGUGUACGACGGCGUGGGCGCUCUGGACCCGAGCGCCGUCACCUUCCGCAACACCGUCAAGGCGCUGGCCGACGUGGAGGUGGACUACACCGUGGAGCGGAACAUGCUGGACUUCCCUCAGCACGUUUCUCCGUGCAAAGACGUGCGGACGGCCAGCACGGAAGCCGACAAGCGCUUGUCGGAGUUCGACGUGGAGAUGAGCAUGAGGGAGGACGUCUACCUGAGGGUCGUCGCCUUGCAGAAGCAAGUGGACUUGGGCAGCCUGCCGGCCGAGUCCCAACGCUACAUGGAACGUCUCCUCAAGUUGGGCCAGAGGAACGGACUCCAUCUUCCAAAAGACACGCAAGAGGAGAUCAAGAGCAUCAAGAAGACAUUGAGCAACUUGUGCAUUGACUUCAACAAGAACUUGAACGAGGACACCACCAGUCUGACCUUCAGCAGGGAGGAACUCGGCGGCCUACCAGAAGACUUUCUGAGUUCGCUGGACAAAGAAGGAGACAAACUGAAGGUGACCCUCAAGUAUCCUCACUACUUUCCCACCAUGAAGAAAUGCUUUGUGCCAGAAACCAGAAGGAAGCUGGAGGAGGCCUUCAACUCGCGCUGCAAGGAGGAGAACUCUGUGAUCCUGAAGGAGAUGGUGGAACUUCGAGCUCGGAAGAGUUUUCUGCUCGGCUUCAGGACCCACGCAGAUUUCGUCCUCGAGAUGAACAUGGCCAAGUCUGCCAAGCAGGUGGCCGCUUUCCUGGGGGAACUGUCCCGCAAGCUGAAACCUUUGGGGGACGCCGAGCGCUCGGUCAUCCUCAAGCUGAAGGAGGAAGAGUGUGACAAGAGAGGUCUUCCCUUCAAUGGGCAACUUUAUGCCUGGGACACGCGUUACUUCAUGACACAGGUGGAGGAGACCCAGUACGCAGUGGACCAGAACCUCCUGAAGGAGUACUUCCCCAUUGAUGUGGUGACCCAGGGUCUGCUGGACAUCUACCAGGAGCUCUUGGGUCUAACCUUUGAGCUGCUGGAGGGAGCCCCCGUGUGGCACCCUGACGUCAAGGUGUACUCCGUGAAGGACCUCAGCCAGGGGCAUGUGGUGGGACAGUUCUACCUGGACCUGUACCCCAGGGAGGGAAAGUACGGACACGCCGCGUGUUUCGGCCUCCAGCCCGGUUGCCUCCUGUCCGACGGCCGUCGUCAGAUGUCCGUGGCCGCCAUGGUCGCCAAUUUCAGCAAGGCUACGGCCGCCGCGCCGUCGCUGCUGCAACACGACGAGGUGGAGACGUACUUCCACGAGUUUGGACAUGUCAUGCAUCAGCUCUGCGCACAGGCGGACUACGCCAUGUUCAGCGGCACCCACGUGGAGCGAGACUUCGUGGAGGCUCCGUCUCAGAUGUUGGAGAACUGGGUGUGGGAGAAGGAACCUCUGCGCAGAAUGUCCAAACACUAUCAGAGCCGGCAGCCCAUCCCGGAACAUCUCCUGGACAAACUCAUCAAGUCUCGCCUCGCCAACACGGGACUCUUCAACCUGAGGCAGAUCGUUCUGGCCGAGGUGGAUCAGGCGCUGCACACCCGCAGCGGCCUGGACCCGGCUGACGAGUACGCGCGACUCUGCUGGGAAGUGCUCGGAAUUCCCGCUUCUCCCGGCACCAACAUGCCGGCGACGUUCGGCCAUUUGUCAGACGGCUACGACGCGCAGUACUACGGCUACCUGUGGAGUGAGGUGUUCUCCAUGGACAUGUUCUACGCUCGCUUCAAACGGGAAGGAAUCAUGAACCCCGAGGUGGGUCUCGACUACAGGAAGCGCAUCCUGGGUCCCGGCGGCUCGGCGGACGCGUCGGACAUGUUGAGGAAAUUCCUCGGGCGUGAACCCAAACAAGAAGCUUUCCUUAUCAGCAAAGGCCUCGCCCUGGACCCGGAGCCCGCGACGCCCUGCCCGUGCUGAGCAAAACGCGCUCGCCAACAACUACAAAUAAAAGUCCGUCGCAGCA